AUGGUAUGCAUCGAACAUUGGAGUGCUACUGCUCAACAAAUACUUGCUAAGCAACUAUGGAUUCAACAUGUUAGGUCUAGGGCUCAGUUUAUCAAGAUCUCGGUGCUUAGUUUGGUAUUUUGUGCGUCCGUGGUUAGUGGGAACGUAUCUUUGAGGUAUUUGCCGGUUUCAUUUACGCAGGCAGUUGGAGCCACCACUCCUUUUUUCACUGCGGUGUUUGCUUAUAUUAUGACGGUGAAGAGGGAAGCUUGGUUGACUUAUUUGACGCUUGUACCUGUGGUAACCGGUGUUGUCAUUGCCAGUGGGGGGGAACCAAGUUUCCAUUUAUUUGGUUUUAUCAUGUGUAUUGGCGCUACAGCUGCAAGAGCAUUAAAGUCAGUUCUUCAAGGGAUAUUGCUGUCCUCUGAAGGGGAAAAACUGAAUUCAAUGAACCUUCUGCUGUACAUGGCGCCAGUAGCUGUAGUGAUAUUGCUUCCAGCAACAUUGUUCAUGGAAGACAAUGUGGUUGGGAUCACAAUAGCACUUGCAAGAAAAGAUGUCAAUAUUGUGUGGUAUCUGCUUUUCAACUCAGCAAUGGCAUAUUGUGUAAAUUUGACCAAUUUCUUGGUUACUAAGCACACAAGCGCGUUAACUCUCCAGGUGUUGGGAAAUGCAAAAGGAGCAGUGGCUGUUGUGGUGUCAAUUUUGAUAUUCAAGAAUCCGGUGUCGGUAACAGGGAUGCUUGGAUACUUGCUUACGGUCUUGGGAGUGAUUCUGUACAGUGAAGCCAAAAAGAGGACCAAAUAAAUCUUCUUCUUUUUCUGGACUCUGGAUUCUGGACUGUACACUCCUGGCUGUGCGAGGAUUGUACAGUCCAGAGCAAAUUUUAGCUUAUUCUUUUUGGGAGGACAAAGAAAAGCAAAAAAAAAAACAAAAACCAACUUUUAGUAUGAUUCAUCGUUCAUGUAUUUUCCAUGAUUUUUGGGUUUGGACUGAUGAAAAACAAACACAAUCAUGUUUUCCAUUUGUAUCUUGUGAUGUGAUUAUGAUGAUUAUACAUACAUACGGUGCUUGAGUUGUAUAAAUACUUUACCAUAUCAACCAACAUAAAUGCUUC